UCCGCCAGCUCCUUUCUCACAAACUCUUGCGUGCUUUUCCCAGCUCCUCCUGUGGCAGCGUAAAAGCAAAUGCUUAGGGUUGUCUAUGGGCAGUAACGUUGAUUGAGAAAUGGAUGACGGCACUUGUCAAGUUUAUGAAGAUGAAAUCCGAUUACUGGAAGAAGAAAUUAAACUAUUGGCUGAAAAGUAUGAAGAUGGCCAACAAGAAUCCACCUCUUUUUCUGAUGAGGAGAUAUUAAUGUCAAUAAAAUCAUUCCAAAGAGAAUUUCAGGGAGAAUCCAAGGGACAUGAAUCUCCAUCAGACCUGAAAGCUCAACUUGAAAGUCUAGAAACAGAUCUCUCAUUUUUAAUGAAAUUUACUGGUAUUCAGUUCACAAAUCAUUCCAAGAAAACAGUGGAAAAAUCUAAAAACAGAACAGUGCAGAAGCACAGAUUAUCAGGGAAUUGUCACUCCCUGUCUUUUCAAUUGGAAUUCCAGCUGCUUGAAAUGCAGAACAAAGAGAAUGUGUCUGCUGUUAUUACUGAUCUCACCAUUAUAAUGGAAUCUGGAGACGAUUCAGAUGUAAGGAAGUUCGUGUCAAGCACUGAAGAACAUGGAAAUCUUUUAACAUUUUUCAGAAGCCUUUCAUCUUAUGCUGAGUGGUAUGAACAUCGUAGACGUACCUUCUUACAUUUCAAGAGCAAAUAUCCUGAGGUUGUGACCCUUCCGGAAGGACUGCUGGGAGAUUAUAUAAUUCUAAGGAACCCCAAACUGUCUGGGUUGGAAUUAAUGAUUGUUUGGAAGAUACACAUAGAUGAAGAAGGGAGAACUACGCCUGUUCUGGACCUUCUGACUAAAGUACCGGAGCAAGUCUUGGAGCAGAAGAUGGCCACUAUUGAAAACGCACCUGCCCGCUUCCGCAGCAUGCUGCUUCUGUGUGGGAUCGAGGCAGCUGUCGAGAAGCUGAUCAACGUGGUUGGCUUGGAAAAAUGAACAC